GCCCUCCUCCAGGAACACUAUUUGAAAACCCCUUUGUCAGCUGGGUCCUGGAAACAGCGGAACGAAAGGCAAACGGUUUUCUGUUGCUGGGGGGGACGUGGGCCCAAUCUGUCCGUCCUUGCAAGUUUCCCCCAAGGUUAGGACCUAGACGUGCGGCAAGUUCGUGUUCUCUGGCACCAUAGUGGUCGUCGCUGGCCCGAGUUAGAAACCAACUGAGAUUUCUUCCUGCCUCAGAUUUGUUGACCUACAGAAUGCUUCGAUACCCAUAUUUUUGUAGAGUCUAUAAAGAAUUUCUUUCAUGCUGGUUGGAAUCUGGCAUAUUUAAUUUAGGUGUCUGGCCAAAAAAAAUACAUGAUACAGCACAAAGACAUAAUGAAUAUGAAUCCCAGGAGCAAACAGAUCAAACUGAAACUCAGGAGAUACACAGAUCUCAAGAUAGAGAUUUCGAAGCUAUGACUAAAUUACAUAUUCCGGUAAUGGUGGAUGAAGUUGUUCGUUGUUUGGCACCACAAAAAGGCCAGAUUUUUCUAGAUAUGACAUUUGGUUCAGGAGGACACACAAGAGCCAUUCUACAGAAGGAGUCAGAUAUUACUCUGUAUGCCUUAGACAGAGACCCAACAGCUUAUGCAAUAGCUGAACAGCUUUCAGAAUUGUAUCCUAAACAGAUCCGAGCUAUGUUAGGCCAGUUCAGCCAGGCAGAAGCCUUAUUAAUGAAAGCUGGAGUGCAGCCAGGGACUUUGGAUGGAGUUCUUUUGGAUCUUGGGUGUUCCUCCAUGCAACUUGAUGCUCCUGAAAGAGGUUUUUCCCUUCGGAAGGACGGCCCCUUGGACAUGAGAAUGGAUGGUGGCAGGUACCCUGACAUGCCCACCGCAGCUGAUGUUGUGAACGCGUUAGAUCAACAGGCACUUGCAUCCAUCCUGAGAACAUACGGGGAGGAGAAACAUGCCAAGAAAAUCGCUUCAGCAAUCGUUCAGGCACGCAGCCUCUACCCCAUCUCCAGAACCCAGCAGCUUGCCAGCAUCGUUGCAGACCUGGGGUGAUCCAGGGAGCAAACAGAUACACUAACCAGAACCAUGACUGUGGUCUUCUACCAGUGAAUACCUGUCCACAGCCAACAGUGUGAUUUGUGAUAGGCUCAUUGCUUCAUUCCAAGCUGUUCUUCCCUUAGGGAUUAUGUGACUUUUAGAAAAAAGAAGAAUCAUGUUUUGCUGCAUUGGUACAUAUAAGGUAUAUCUUUCCACAGUAAGCAAUAAUAGCUUAUGCCUCAGCUUGUAUCUGAAAUCAUCUUUUUCCAGCAAAGUUUUGUUAAUCUGGAGAGAAACAUUCAAGGUACAAAAUAAAUAAAGUGCAGCAUUCGUUAAGAAAUAGUCAUUGCCAUCAAAUUUUAGUGGACCUGUUUCCUGAUGAAGUUAAUCAGAUUAGUUUGCCAUCCCUUUAUUGUUUUAAUAACCUACAUGUUGUGUCCUCCAUCUUUCCCAAAAAGCACUCUGGAUACUAACAUUGCCAUGAUUAAGAAAUAAAUGAAGAUGUCAGUGAGUUCAAUUGUCACUCUGGUGGAAAAUGGUAUGGUCAAACCUACAGUCAAAGUUGGAUGGCUUUCCAGUGAGUCAUAGUUGUCAUUGUCACUGCCUAUGAUAAUGCACUUAUUCUGUCAUUUAAAUCUCUUGAGUUCAAUCUGUUAUACGCUGUGUACAUUAGUAUGGUAACUUCAUGCCAACUAAAUUAUCAAAUGACAUUUCAUAAGUAAACUUAUUUCUUAUUUUAAUAAGUAAUCUUUCCAAGAGACAUUCUGUACAAGAAGCCCAACUCAGAAGAGAAUGAAAUGUGAAAAGAAAAGAAAAGAAAAGAAAAGAACCUGAAAAUCUUUUCCUUCUAAAAAAAUCUGGCAGUUCUCAGUUUGAAGUGUCAAGUGGGGAGCAAGGAUUGCCCUAAUCCCAAGUGACUGUGACCCAAGCCUAAUUUAAUGAUGAUGAUAACAAUAAAUGCUAACACUUGCUGAGCAAAUAUGAAACACUGUCCUAAAUUAUUUUUAUGUAUUAACUCAGUCCUCACCAAUAAUCCGUAAAGCGGGUAGUUUUUAUCCCUAUUUUAUGCAAGAAUAAGCUGAAGCACAAAGAAUCUAAGUAAUUUGUCUCUUGUCAGGUGGAGCUGGAAUUAGAAGCUAGUAAUCAUACUCUAGACCCUGUGCUCUUACUUAGGACUACCCUAGUUAUGAUCAAAGUACAGUAUGAACUGUUGCUGGAGAAUGCUGACAACUCUGUCUUUCAGGAUCUCACACACUCAUAAGGGAGACAGUCAUAAAAAGCAGCUCACUCUGUUACCCUGUGAUAAAUGCUGUAUAUAAUAGAGUCAUGAGCAAAAAGAUAUGAGAACCCAGAAAAGGGAGAAGUUGAUUUCAAUGUGGCAAGAGGGUUUGAGUUAUUGUGGAGAGGGGUUAGGUAGAAGUUACAGAAAGGAGAACUUUGAGUUGAGUCUUUAAGGAGAAGUGAUGGCUAUUUAUAGAAAAGUCCCUUGCAACCAGUAGAUACUUAUUAACUGCGGAAGUGAAGAAACAAAUGAAUAAAUAAAUGAAGAAGCAGGUAGGAUUUCAGAGGGCUGAGGGGAGUAGAAGAUAGGCAAUUCAGGGUCCAAUCCCAGGACCCAAUGGAAUUCCAAAUCCCUGGAAUUCCUUCCCAUUAUCUUGGUAUCCACUAUCCUAAUUGUGACCUUGAGUUGGGUCAGGUUUUUAGAACAAUAGAUUGGCAUAAUCAGGUUCUCUAAGUGUUACUGAUUAUGGCUGAAUUUCAAACUCCUUCUAUGGAACAAGAGAAGGGAAAUGCAUCCCUUUACUUCAUUGCCCCAUUUCUUAUUAUUUAUAUUUUGUGUACUUGUACAAGUGAAAAUUAAAGUGAUUUGCUGGCAUCAUAUGUUCUGCACAUAACAGUUUUCACAUUGUUAUUAAUUUUGUAAAUAUGUAUAUAAAUAAUCUAGCCAUCUUGUCCUUAUCUGUAUUGAUUAAAAAAGAAGAAGAAAGAUUAUUUGUUUCUGUAACUAGUUAUUCAGAAGGCUUAAGAAUUUGGUGCUGGAUAUUUGCAGGAGCUUUCAAUUUAAGAAUUAAGAUCAGGCAGUCUUCUGUAUUGAUUGUACUACCUUCUUGUUUUUGAGAUUGACAUGUAUCAGAUCACAUCUACAUGGGAGGUAUAAUAACAUGUCUUUACUUCACCAUUAAAGUACUGAGAGGAUCAACAGUGUGCAGUGCUUUUCCUAAAAGGAGGUUUUAGACAUCAGCCAUUAUAUUUCUAUGUUGGGAACAUUUUUUUGAAGACAGGCAUCUGCUUUCAUUUUCAAAGUUUAAAUGUUUAAAUCAUCCCAAAAGAAUGUCAAAGAAAGAGAACCCCAAAUGUUAAUAGGUUGAUAAAGAUCAAAGAUUAUAUUUCUAGGGCUGGGAGGGGGAAUAGUGAAUGAAAAUAGUUUUGAUGUCCAAGCUUUAAUCAUAACUGAACACUAACAAAAAUACUUCCAAAUUCUUUUCUCUUAUGUCUUUUGUUUUGUGCCAAAGUUGAUAAAUUUUGGAAUAUCUGAAAAAGAUAUUCCUAGGAAUUUAAAAAUAAAAGGAAUCUAUAUUAAUUUUUCCUAUCUUUAAUAUAUGUAACUUUUUGGUGUCUUUCCCCAUCUUUUUAUUUUUUGUCAAGGAUAUAGCAGUUUUGCCAUUUCCCAAACAUUGUAAUUUAUUUUACCUGUUUAUUCUUUAUGUGACUAUAUAUUGAUUCACAUGUUUUUAAUUACCUGGAAUCUCUUCUACCAUAUUAUAAAUCACAGAACAUAUAUUUUCCCUUUUCAUUUGCAUAUAGCACACAGUAAGCAAUAGGAAAUACUUGCUGACUUCCUACAUUCUUGUAAUGCAUAAUUAUUCAUUUAAUGACUUUCUUAUCAGCUGGACUACUAACUCUUUGAGAGUAAGGAUUAGAUACAUCUUUUUCAUUGUUAUAGCCUCAAGACCUGAUAAAACAUUUGGCCUAUAAUAGAUGUUUAAUUACUAUUUCUUGAAUGAAUAACUCAAUGUCCAUUUCUUUGUAGUUCUUGUGAUGUUUAGAAAGUGGAUGAGACCAGAGACAGCUAAUAAAGAAAGUCUUACAACCAACUAGUGUCUUCAACAAUAGGCACUUUUUAUUAGAUAGACUCAGACCUAUAAUAAUAAAAGAAACUGUCAUAAUUUUUUUGACAUUGUAGUGUCUUUUCCUAUUCUCUGAAGGGUAAAUAGAUUCAAUAUGUCAUACAAUACUGGGUCAGUCUUCUGUAUUUUCAGUUUCUUCAUUAGCAAAGCAGGGACUUUGACCUAACAUUGAGAUGAGACGCAUUUCAUAUAUACAUUACAUAUUCAUUUAAUCAUCAAGUAUUUAUUGUGAGUCCACUUUCUGGUAGGCACUAAUGAAGUUGCAUAAAUGAUUAAGACAAAGUUUUCAUCUUCUAAGAAUUAAAACAAAAGGUGAUUUCCCCUAUUUAGAUGGUAGUCUUCACAGUUAGUUCUUAUUUGGAUAUAUCAAAAUGUUUACGUCUUUCUUUCUUUCUUUCUUUCUUUCUUUC